GGAGGCGGGGCGAGGAGCUGUUACGGUGGCCCGCGGCCGCAUCCGCCUCUCAUCCGCGGGCUCCGGCACCGGCAGCACCUCCGGCACCUGCGGCCGCUCCGCACCUCCAGCAGCACCAGAUCUGUAUCAGAACUCCUGAAGUCCAUCAUGCUUUCCAAGCUAACCCGCUCCCAGAACCUUGCUGUUCUCUGCCGAGGCCUUCAUUCCUCACUGAGCUCUGCUACCUCAGUUGCUCCUAAAAAAACCAUUCAGGGGCCUCCCUCGUCUGAUUUAAUCUUUGAACGUGAGGCAAAAUACGGUGCCCACAAUUAUCACCCUCUGCCUGUUGCUCUGGAAAGAGGAAAAGGUGUUUAUGUGUGGGAUGUUGAAGGUAGAAAAUAUUUUGACUUUCUGAGUGCUUACAGCGCUGUCAACCAAGGCCACUGUCACCCAAAGAUCGUGGAUGCUCUGAAAGCCCAGUCUGAAAAACUGACCCUGACAUCCAGGGCAUUCUAUAAUGAUGUCCUUGGGGAAUAUGAGGAGCUUGUCACCAAAAUGUUCAAUUAUAACAAAGUUCUUCCAAUGAACACAGGAGUGGAAGCUGGAGAAACUGCCUGUAAACUGGCUCGGAAAUGGGCCUACACUGUGAAAGGAAUUCCAAAAUACAAAGCUAAAAUCAUUUUUGCAGCUGGCAACUUCUGGGGCAGGACAAUGUCAGCCAUCUCCAGUUCUACUGACCCAUCCAGCUACGAUGGCUUUGGACCCUUCAUGCCAGGAUUUGAAGUGAUCCCAUACAAUGAUCUACCAGCUCUUGAGCGGGCCCUGCAAGACCCCAACGUGGCAGCUUUCAUGGUGGAACCGAUUCAAGGGGAAGCAGGUGUGAUUGUUCCUGACAAAGGCUAUCUCACAGGAGUGAGGGACCUCUGCACAAAACACAAUGUUCUGUUUAUUGCUGAUGAAAUACAGACUGGUUUAGCCAGAACAGGGAAAAUGCUGGCUGUUGACCAUGAAAAUGUGAGACCUGAUAUAAUUCUUCUUGGAAAGGCCCUUUCUGGUGGCUUAUACCCUGUCUCAGCAGUGCUGUGUGAUGAUGAAGUUAUGCUGACCAUCAAACCUGGUGAACAUGGAUCCACAUAUGGAGGAAAUCCAUUAGCUUGCCGUGUGGCAAUGGCAGCACUGGAGGUAAUUGAAGAGGAAAAUCUGGCAAAAAAUGCAGAAAUAAUGGGUAAUCUGCUAAGAAGUGAGCUCAUGAAGACUCCAUCCAAUAUUGUAACUGCUGUAAGAGGAAAAGGCCUCUUAAAUGCAAUCGUAAUCCGGGAAACCAAAGACUACGACGCCUGGAAGGUGUGUCUGCGGCUCCGCGAUAAUGGGCUCCUGGCCAAGCCCACGCACGGCGACAUCAUCCGCCUGGCCCCGCCACUCGUCAUCAAGGAGGAUGAAAUCAGAGAAUCCAUUGAAAUCAUUCACAAGACCAUCCUGUCUUUCUGAAAACAUGGCUCUUGCAGUCUGCCUGCUGACUGGUUCAAGAGGGUGUGUUGAAAUGUGUGUGAUGAAGGCCUGCUCUUGAAGCAAGCAUCUCUCAUUCCUUUUAUCUAAGAGGACUUGACUAUUCAAACAUAGCUGUAUCUUAAAGUUAUAAUGGCUGUGUAGAAAAUACAGAAUGAUUUUGAAGACUUUCCAGCCUUGCAAUACUUGGAAAUAAAGUUCUGUAUGUACUGAUCA